AUGUUGUUAUCAAAAAUGUCGAAUAUAUCGAAUCAGAAAUCUAGUCUUUGCCCCACCAACGGUCGUCAAACCGUUGGGGAUGGGGCUUUCACUUUCGACGCCGAGCCUAGUGUGCUUGCUGUGUGCCACCUUCAGGGCACCGACGACAUGUACUACUAUUCCACUACGUUCUCUGGAGGGCCCGGGAGCGAAAUGCCCUCCCGACCGAGGGUCGUCGAACUAUACUCCGACUCCCCUUUAUCCACCCCGUCAUCCACCCCUCCAUCCGCCCGUAGCCCCAGCGUUCUAUCUUCCCAGAAUUCGGUCAGGUACCCCACCACGGCUACAUCCCCUAGAAGUAUCCCCAGCCGGACUAAUUCUGUAUUAUCAACUCCACCAUUGACCCCCGACAACUCCAGUCUUGGCAGCAAGGAUAGCGGGUCCUCGUUCAUCAGCACAGUUCGUGAGAAGGAUGCCCUCGACUUUCUUAUGACUGUUUUCCCCCGCCACGGCUUGUCAGCCCUCCCAUACGCCAAGAGUGUCUCGAUUUCCGCUCCUAAUCUUGGCGCUGACUUCAGUGGUGUCGUUUUGGAAGCUCCAGGCAAGGCGAAGACACUCUAUGUUGACGGAAAAAGUGCGGAAUCUGUCAGCUUGCGUGAAAGCAUCGUGGCCUUGCUCGACCUUGCUGAUGAGCGUCUGGGCUGCAAUUCUCUCAUCAUAGUGUUAGAGCGCUCCUCUCCGAAUUUAAGCGCCCUCCUCCAUUCCCUUAUGUAUGUUGGAGGAUCGGUUGUCACAAAACCCUUGUACCAGGUGGACCCAGCGUUUGUUCUUGUUGGCCUUGAUGUUUAA